GGUAGUAUUGUAGUAUUGAUAAAACUAAAAUAAUUAUUAAAUAUAGAGGAUAUCUCGUAUACAUAAAGUCGGAGUUUCAGGUGGUCAAUUAAAAGCUGAAGCUUCUCUAUAAUUAUCAGGAUUAGAAUCGUCAUGAAGUACCAACUAUUCUGUAUAUUUCUGUCGAUUCUCGGUCAUUAUGCGGCUGCCAUAACCUACGAGUACAUGGACGAGAUAUGUAACCAGGACAUUGACUUAGGACUGUUUGAUUCAGUGAGGUUGAAGCUUACUUCCAGCACCUGGUACAAAAGAAACAUGAACUGUUAUAUCCGAGUUAAAACAGACUCUCUCAGCAGAAUCAUGUUUUACUUCAAGAAUUUCGAUGUGGAUUCGACCUUAUCAUCAUGCACAAAUGACUGGUUGGAGGUACGGGAUGGUGAAUUUUCAACGUCUUCAUAUGUCUCUGGUUUGUACGGGAAGCAGUGUGGGUAUUACAUGAGCAGUACAGUGCGUAAGACUUCAGGAAACUAUCUGUAUCUUAAAUUUGUCAGCGACAGUUCUGUCUCGUACGAUAGUGGUUUCGACAUGGUUCUCACAAGUUACCAUACAGGUUUGUGUUAUUCCUACGAGUAUUCCUGUGAUAAUGGCCGCUGUAUCUCGGACAGUUUGACGUGUAACGGUUACAACCCAUGUGGGGAUUAUUCCGACUGUAGCGUCAUCAUUGCUGGUGGCGCCAUCGCUGGCAUUGCCAUUGGAUCAGUCGUCUUUGUAACAAUUUUGUCAGUAGUUAUUGUGAUAAUGUGUCGCCGGCGUAGACUAGCAUAUGUCGGGACCGCUGUUCAUCAGCCGGUUAAUGUGGUGGCGACAACAACAGGGUAUAAUCAACCAGUACCUCAACAGUACCCACCGCAGUACAUUCCUCAGCCCCAACAGGCAUAUCCUGCCGGUCAAUACCCACAAUACUGAAAGGAUCAGAAAUUAAUGAUUGUGUAUCAAUAAUAAAAGUAAAAUCGAAGCAUUGAUUGCUUCGUUUUAGACAUUAAAAAUCAGUUUUUCUUUA